AACCUUGCUACCACUACAAUCGUACCGGACAUACCGGUAAAAUCUAUGUCAAUUCCUACUACUUCACUGUAUUCGAGUACCAUCCCACUAUGUACUGUAACACCGUCUGUCACGAAUUUUUCUGUUCCUACUACAAGCGUCGCCUCAACUUCCAAAGCAGCUCUCAAUCCACCACAUUUGCCGCAGCUAAGUGAGCAGGCCCUUAUGGCUCUUUUGAAGGAGAGAGUUCAACUUGGUGAUGUUAGACUUACACUGCUAAACCUUUACUCAAAUGAAGAAACGCCUAAUUACCAUUUCCUCCCCACAAUGAUUGAAAUCGCAGAGAAAGCUAUUGCUGCAUUGGACAACAAGGAUAUGAUAGUCUAUGCCAUGUACAAAGAAUUUUUUUCUGAAACUAAGGAUUUUAUUACAGCUGCUCUGGAUGCUGGUUGCGCUCAGCUCGGAACCAUAAUGCAAGCCUCCAAUCCAACUGAUCCAGCAAAUCAGAUUGCUAGCUUGGCUAGUGCAAUGGGUAUUAAUCCAACACCCUUUGCGUCAUUGAUGCAGGUAAUGCUCGCUGGAAGUCUUGUUUUUCUUUUACUUGAGUAA